CGCGUGCGAUCGUAAUUGUCGGCGAGCGUAAAAAUUCGAAAUAAUAAGCAUCUUGCACUUUGGCUUGCGGAGUUUUGAUACAAUUUGCAACAUUGGAUAUCGCCAAGAUGUCAAAAAGUUCCAUCUUCAUAUGAGCCCUGAUGAAAAAAGACUGGUUGCAAAUCGGGAGACACGAGUCAAGCAAGAAUUUCGGGAGCAGCUGGGUCUAAUUGUUGACCAGAGGCGGGAUGGAGGUGCUGGGACUACAACAACAGGAAAUGUUGCUCGCAAAGCUUUUCAAAACCCAGAAAUUGUUGCAAGAAUCUGUGAUGUCCCUGUCAAACUGGUUGAAAAUCUUGGAACACUCUGGUCUGCCCUUGCAUCUGGAUAUGCCAUUGAUCCAGACAAGUUUGGAGUUCUGUGUGAAGAGACUGAGAAGAUUUAUUUUGACCAUGUAAAAUGGUACUGGUUGUCCCCAACAAUUCACAAGGUUCUGAAACAUGGAAAACAAAUCAUUGAAGCUUGUGUUCUUCCAAUUGGAAUGACCAAUGAGGAACCAGGAGAGGCUAACAACAAAUUUCUUCAAAAAAUCCGUCUUUAUCAUGCUCGAAAAUCAUCCUGGCUCAAUGGCAUGUCUGACCUUUUCUUGAGACUGAUGGACAUCAGUGAUCCAAAGAUACAGGCUUAUGUCCACUGCAAGAAAAAGAAGCACAACUCAGAGAUCUUGCCUGAACCCAUCAAGAAACUCUUGAAGAUGCCGGAACUUCAAAUUUCUAGAGAUGCCUCUGAUUCAGAAGAAGAAUAAAGAAGUCAAACAAAGCAACCAAAGCCUCUCAUAAAAAUUAAAAAAAUUCUCAUACAUUCCCAAUUUUGUUAUUUAUCUAAUGUUAUUAGUUUCAACCAGAUCAAACAAAAUUGAUAUGCUUAACUCUAUGUAAAAAAAUAUUUUCUUUGAUGUAAGCACUUAUGUUGUGCCUAAUAUAACCAACUAGAACCUCA